AUGCGUGUGAUCGGUUUAUCGUUCCCUGCGUCUGGUUCAAGCGAGAAAUCUGUCGGCUCAGGAUCCGCCAAUAGUCCUUCUGGCUCCGUAGUGGGAACCGAGGUCUCCAUGGCUGGUACCGGUGCCGAUGUGCCUGCCACACAUAUUGGCCUUGGAACGAGGACUAAUCCGUACGAUUUGCGACGUGGUCUGGGACUGCAGCUGACUUGUGAAACGACUUGCGGUUAUCCGAAUGCGACUAUCAACUGGCUGGUCUCGAACGAGACCACAUCGAAACCAGGGAACGGUACGAUCAGCCCAAAUCAUAUCAGUUCGGACGAGUGUGAUCGAAGCACCGCAACUCGGCUUAUGACCACAACCAAGUCGACCCUGAUGGUUCAAUGUGUUCAACUCGGGUUGGUUGGAUUGAAUCAAGUGGAAUGCGCAGUCAGUGGGCGUCAGUACUCCGAUCCUCGUCCUACGCGACACGUCUAUGUCCUCUAUGAUUAUGAACUGAACGAGCAACGUCUGGCUGGUGGUCUAUCCGCCGAUCCUCGAUCACGCCGACGUGGCGAGCGUCCGAUGUUGCUGACCAACGGAGAGGUUGUGGGAAUCGCGGUAGGUUCAGCUAUGGCGUUUAUUCUGCUCUUCGCUGGUUGUCUAAUCAUUCGGGGCCAACGAAAAGAUUCUCCACUUCCGUUCAACGGUCAUUUCCUUGGACAACGUGUCUAA